UCUUUUUAGAUGUUGUCCCAAUCUAUUUUGAGUGGUGUACGCGUAUUGCGCAUUGAAGCCCGCCGCAGCAUUGGUAUCGUUGCCCCAGCCUUGAGCAAAGCUUCCGAUCCCAUCCAACAAUUGUUUUUGGACAAAGUUCGUGAAUACAAACAAAAGAGCUCUGGCGGCAAAUUGGUUGAUCCUUCUCCCGAAAUUGAACGUGAAAUGAAAAACGAAUUGGAACGUGUUGCCAAGCAAUUCGGCAGUGAUGGCAAAACCGACAUGACCAAAUUCCCUGACUUCAAAUUCCCCGAAGUUAAAGUUGAUCCCAUCACAUCUGCCAACUAG